UCUCCCUCUAUUUCUCUCUCUCUCUCUUUCUGCUUUCUCGUACCAUUCCUUCCCUUUCUUUGUCUGCUGAAGGAGAAGGCAGGAAAGGAGGGUGCAAAUGUGAGAGAAAGCGAGAGUGUUGAGAGAGAGAGAGGGGUAAGAAAGGACAAGACAGAAUGGACUAGGCACACUCGCCUUUUUGACAAUAGAAGCUCACUUCACUUCCUGUCUGUCAGUGGCGUUCCGUGAAAAAGCUCAAAUUGAAAGCGAGGGAAAGUGUAGUGAUCUCUGUUGAGAUCUGCAGUGGAGGGAUUCUCAGACUCAUCAGUGCGGCUGAAUGUAUCACAUAGCAGAGCAGUAUUCUGGACGCAACUCGUGGGAUUCCUUCCCAACUUCUGGGCCGACUCGAGCACCAUGGACCCCAGGCAGCAACCGGCACUGGGCCCCUCCAUCCAGGUGCAGUGGAGGGAACUAUCAAUUCCCAUCCCAAAACUACACAGCAGGAAGAAGCUACCCAAAUAAAGCUUAUAACAACAGACCGCCAGGUUUCAGCAGGGACAGGCCCCACACACACCCCAGAGACAGAGGCAUUGGAAAAGAGCAAAGGGUCCCGAGGGGCUGCGGACCAACACAGAGCCAGCACCAUAAUCCAGUGCGCCCCACCCUAAACUACAGCUCAGGGUGUGGAGGACACCUCUCUAGCAGCAACAAUCACAGCAGCCAGCCACACAGGUAUGGGGGUCCACAUCAGCAGCAGCGUUCCACUGGGCGUCCCCCACAGACCCAGGGAGACAAAUGGACACAGUCAACUCAGUCCAGGACAUUCCAAGGGCCCUCUCUCAAACGUCCAGCACCUCCUCACAAUAUGUCACCACCUCACCGGGAUCCAUCCCCUUCACGAGAUGACUGUCCCAGCAAGAGAAGCAGGAGCAUCAGUUCACAUCAGAAUUUCCACCUGAGAGAGAAAUGUUUCAUCAACCGUCCACCUCCAUCACAUCCACCUUGGCCAUGGAGCCCAGCAUACAAAAGCUCAAUGCACUGGAGCCUGUCUGAGAAGAGGUCCUCCCCCUCUCGAUUUCAGGAGUCCAGUCAUUACGUCAUGAGAGAUCACAGACCAUAUUCCAUCCCAUCACCAUCCAACAGUGCCCCAAGCCAGGGCCUCCACAGCAAGAAACCCACCAAACAGGGGCAACCCAAUCAUCCGGUCCGAGAUCAUCCAGGCCCCCAUCCCCGUGGGGCCAAAGGGGGCUGGGAUUGCCCAUCACCAGCAAACCUCACCAGUGUGCCUUACAGUCAGCAGCACCAGCUCCCUCCACCACAGAGGCACACCGGCCCCGUCAGCAGCCCAGCCACCUCAGUACCUCAGCCCAGAUUCAACACAGCACAGCCUGGCUGGAAAACACAGAGCCGCUCGGGAAAACAUGGCAGUAGUGAGAUGGGGCGUACCACCUCUGGCCUGGAAUCUCAAGAGUCUGUGGGUAGGGACAGAAAACGGCCAAGCACAUCUAAACAUAUUAGCCGCCAACAGAGUCCCAUCCAGUCAUACAGUAGUGCAGACUCCCCUUCUGAACCCGGCACACAAACCUCAGACAGAGGUCAGAGGGCACAGAAGUCAGAAAUGAAGAAGAGCAGCCACUCUAAACACCAGACUGGAUUCAAAUCCAUUUACAAAAGCUCCCUCAGCAAGCUGGACACUGAACUCUUGAAACACAUUCAGGCCAAGAGGAGGCACAAGGAGCGUUCAAGGAGGGAGAAAAAGAAGGAAGGAGAGCUGUUAGACACAAGAGAACAGAUGGAGAAAAAAAUGGAGGACAGGAAAAAGAAAAAGAUGAGGGAUGGAAGAAAGGGGCAUGAUAAGAAGAACAUACACCAAAAUGGCCGACAGUUGGGACAGAUAACAAGAAGAGCAAAGGAGGAGAGGAAAAAAGGAAUGUAUGAAGACAGGAAGAGCGAGACGCCUUCAAAAUCAGCAUCUCCCAAUUUAGAAACAUUGUAUCCCAGUGAUUCUGAACCUCUCCUGGAUGACCUACUGUUUGAGCCACUUCAUCUCAAUCACAGAGAGGAAGAGUUCUCUCGACAUACCUUAGGGUUCAUCCCACCGUCUACAUCCCCUCCUGUCAGUAAUAACCAUUGUUCUCCAUGCCAGUCAACCCAUGAAGCCAAUACUAAAGCCUUAGAGGCUGACGACCAAUCAGAAUCUUCUGAGCCUGACCAUGUAGACACUAGCGAUGAUGACAGUGUAGAAGCCCACGAUGUUGGCAGGUCCAAACUUACUCUUCCCGAUAAGCAGAGGAGUUGUGAAGAAGAAACCAUCAGAAGUAAAGAGGGUGUUUUAGGGUUGCAUAGUGCCCCAGACCUCCUCCCGGCUCACUGCACCUAUAGUGAGGAGCUCCUAAGGCUGGACCCACCAACAAGCCCACCUGUUCUGAGCUGGCAGGGCUCUCCAGUGUCUGACUUAGGUGAUGAUCAUGAGGAAGGGAAAGAGGGAGAUAUGAUUAGAGUACUGAGGAGGCCAGUGCUACAACCUAGUCCAACACACUCAUCUCCACUAAGAGAUCCAGUGGAGAUCAACACUGGAGCCGAUUAUUGCCACAGUGACCUGGCCAAACUGUACGGUCUUCCUGAGUCCUCUAAAGCAAUAGACACUGAGGAAGAAGAUGAAGAAAAUAGAGAAGGAGAGCAGAAAUAUAGUAGUCCUGAUGCAUCAAGUAGCUCUGAGCCCAACAAACCACACUUGCACCAAAUGGACACAUUCGAAUCAGCGACCUCAGCGAUGGGCGGCCAUAGAUACACUUACAGGGGUGGGCCAUUUGGACGGCCACCCCCUGGUGCAUUAGUUGGGGUGAAAUACUCAUCAUCUCUGUCCUUGGGUCCUGAGAUCCACCCUCUAGACCAGCACAGUCCACCUGCCACAUCUCCAAUCACAGAAAUCCCAGAUCAGGUCACACCACCACUGAUCCAGCCUGCAGAGAAGGACAAAGAGAGUGAAACUGAGGAAGAAAGAAUGGAAACCAAUGCAAAAGAGGAAGGAAUAGAAGAAGAAAGGGAGAAAACUGAUGUGCAGAAGAUGGAUGAACAAAUGGAGAUCAAAGUAGCUAAAUCAGCUAAAGACCCAACCUGCACUUCACUGGAGGAGAAGGAACCUGUAAUGUCUCCCGCCACUCUGCAGGAUAAACUAGUACAAAGCUGCGAGCUUCUGCUCAAUCAAAACUCCAGCCCUCUGUCAAAGGCUAUGAAAGUCAGCGGGUCCACGUCUACUGAGAGAGAAAAAGAACAAGACAGGGCCAGACAGAAAGAUCAAGUGAGGUCUCCAAGAAAAGCUGGUCGGAAAGUAAAAGGAGAAGAUCCCGAAAAGAGUAAUGGAGAAGAGAAUAAAAAGAAAAAAGUGAAGGAUGAGACUAAGACAAAGGAUUCAUCUUCUGAAGGUUUAAAUGAGCACUUGGUGGAAAUCAAGAACAAACAGGUUGCCCCAGAAAACCAAAAAAUUUACUUGAAAGAUGGAGAAACAGAAUCUAAAGAAGUCAAGAGAGAAAAAGAGACAGACAUUAAAAAAGAGACCAUGAAAGAAGACACACUAAAGGCUGAUACAUCUGCCACAGCAUCAUCUACAUCUGCCACAGCCAACACACAAACCCCUGUUACUGUGACACCCUCCAGCAGACCUCCGCUGCUGGCCCGGGUCAAUCUCCUUAAUCUGCAGGAGUUGUCUAAAAUUCCCUUGAAAGAACUGAGGAUCUGUUUGGUCAGGGUUGAGAGUGGAGGUCGGCAGACUCGCAUUGCAUCAGAGAUUGAGCAGAAGACCAUGCCACUCAAUGCCAUCAACAUCAAAAAUAGUGCAGCUGAGGUCAUACAAGCCUGCAAAGGGGCAAACAUCAAGAGCAAGUUUCAGGAGUCAUACCUGCUUCCAGCGUUUUCAGUGAAACCUAUCCUGUCCACCGAGACUCCUAUUCCCAGAGAGAAACUCAACCCUCCAACACCGAGCAUUUAUCUAGAGAGUAAAAGAGAUGCCUUUUCUCCGGUGCUACUGCAGUUCUGCACAGGCCCUAAAAAUGCUGUUACUGUCAUCAGAGGACUGGCUGGAUCCCUCCGUCUCAAUCUGGGUCUGUUCUCCACUAAAUCCCUGGUUGAGGCCAACUCAGAGCAUGCGGUGGAAGUGAGGACUCAGGUGCAGCAGCCAGCAGACGAGAACUGGAACCAUUUAGGAUCCGCCCAGACCUGGCCCUGCGAAAGCAGCAGAUCUCACACCACCAUCGCUAAAUACGCACAGUACCAAGCAUCCAGUUUCCAGGAGAGCUUACAGGAAGAGAAAGACAGUGAAGAUGAGGAUGAAGAAGACAAAUCGGAGGAAAAAACUGUGAAAAAAUCCAACUCCCAAGGAAACACUGGGACUACCACCACAUCCAGCUCGGAGCAGAAAACCAUUGGAAAAAUCAUUAAAUUUGGAACCAACAUUGACUUGUCAGACCCAAAACGGUGGAAGCUGCAGCUGCAGGAGCUGUUGAAGUUGCCUGCGUUCAUGCGUGUGUCCUCCAGCACGAACAUGCUGAGUCACGUUGGCCAAACUAUACUGGGCAUGAACACAGUCCAGCUUUAUAUGAAGGUCCCUGGCAGCCGCACACCAGGACAUCAGGAAAAUAAUAACUUCUGUUCAGUGAACAUCAAUAUUGGCCCUGGAGACUGUGAGUGGUUUGCCGUCCAUGAACACUACUGGAAAGCCAUCAGUGACUUGUGCGAAAAGCACACUGUGGACUAUCUGACAGGCUCGUGGUGGCCGGUUCUGGAGGAUCUGUACCGUUCAAACAUCCCAGUGUACCGCUUCAUUCAGAGACCCGGUGACCUGGUGUGGAUCAACGCUGGCACUGUGCACUGGGUCCAGGCUGUGGGCUGGUGCAACAACAUUGCCUGGAACGUGGGCCCUUUAAAUGCCUAUCAAUACCAGCUGGCUCUUGAACGCUUUGAAUGGAACGAGAUCAAGAAAGUCAAAUCAAUCGUCCCCAUGAUUCACGUGUCCUGGAACGUCGCCCGCACAGUCAAGAUCACAGACCCAAACACAUUCAAGAUGAUCAAACAUUGUCUCCUCCAGUCCAUCAAACACAUUCAGAUUUUGAGGGACCAGCUGGUGUCUGCAGGGAAGAAGAUCUCCUAUCAGAGCAGGGUGAAGGAUGAGCCAGCGUACUACUGCAACGAGUGCGACGUGGAGGUGUUUAACCUGCUGUUUGUGACCAGUGAGAACAGCAGUAAGAAGACGUAUGUGGUUCACUGUGAGGACUGCGCUCGGGAGCAGAUCCCCAGUCUGAGCGGGGUGGUGGUGCUGGAGCAGUACCGCAUCAGUGAGCUCAUGAACACAUAUGAUAACUUCACCCUGGCUCCAGUCCCGUGCUGUAGGUGAACCUGAUGUCUGAAACUACACAGCCAUAACCAAAUCUUCCACCCUCCUGGCCCAUAGCAGCGGCACAAACCUUACGUUCUUCUUGUUUUUUUCUUUUUCUUUACCAAAACCACUACUGCAACUUACGGAACAGCCAAUCAAAUCGCUGUUUAUUUGCCAUUGUUUACAAUACUAUCAGCCAAUGUCUCUCCAGCACAGUCGUCUUCCCCUCAGACAUCUGAUAGUUCUCACGCUCCUGAUUACAGAAAGACUAGAGUGGUGCUACAUCAUUGGACUUGGCUAUCAGGUCACUCAUCUACAAUGGAUAACUGCUGUGAUUCCUUUUUAAAAAAAAAUUGUCAACUUGCCGAACAUGUGCAUUAAUUCAGGUACUGAUGUCGUUUACGUUUUUUAUGCAAAUGGUAGACGAUUUCACCAGUCCAGUUUGUCUCUGGUUUAUCUGAGUAAGUGGUGCUUUGAUACAAUGUAUAUAACAGCAGGGGAUUCAUUUCUCUUGGAGCUGAUGACCAUUGCAGUGGCAUUAGGUUUUUUCUGUUGUUUCAGUCGUGUCAUAUUUACUACAAGUCUGACCUUUGUAAAUGGUAUUUGCAUAUUUGACUGGGUGCUAUUUUUUUUAAGUUGUUAGGUUUUAAGGUUUUUCGGAAAGAAAAAAAAAACUUUUUUAACAGUCUAGACUAAGACCAUUUGGGCCUUGUGGUAUGCAUUUAGACAAAAGAUGAUUUCCCGGUAUUUGAUGAAAUAAAUAAUGACAUUUUUUAGAGCAUUAAAAUAUCACGUGAGGUACAGUAUAUGUAACAGUUAUUCCAAAAAAUACGGGUUUAAUCGAAAACGUAUUUGAUUGCAUUUGUCUGGAAAACCUUGUGUGUGUUAUGUGAAUCUUUUUCGUACAACUCAAAAAAUUCCUGCAAACUUAUGGCUUUUGGUGCAUUUCUCAGUCUGAUCGACUCCUUUGAGUUUCUUAUUUUUGGAAUCAUAACUGAAUUAUUCUUUGUUGGCUUUGUUUUUUAUUUGUUUACUUGUCUUUUCCUUUUGUAUUUAUUGAUCGUUCGUGAUGCUUCUCUUUUUCUGAGACAUGCGUAUUUUGUAAAUCUUUCUGUUGUGCUGAUGUGGUGAGGUUUACGGGGGAACGUCUGAUUCAAAAUGGUGCUGAUCCCCCUUCCUCCCGGGUCUCUCUCUGUCUGUAUAAAUGAUCCGUAGGUUUGAAAACAUGAAUUUAAUCUCACAAGUUGGUGCUUAGAACAGAGUCAGUACACUUUUAUGAACUGAAUGUCUUUGUACUGUAUAUUUAACACAUGAAAUUUGUUUGCUUUACAUGAGGUACACAGGAUAUUGUGACACGUGUAUGAUUCCAGUCAUCCUAGCUGUUCUGAUUUGUAUCAUUAUUGAUGAAUUGCAGAUUAUUGAGAGUUUUCAGAUUUGCGUUCCGUCGAUACCUCUCUGAGUUUGUUUUCAGGUUCGUUGCCAUUUUUUUUGUUUUACUGUAU